GCGAAGUGUUGCUGUUCGCGGGGGAGAGUUUUAACUGUCGCAGUGAAGUAUUUGGAGGAGAAGAGUUUCGAGGGCUUGUCAAAACAGAUAGGAACAGAUACGCGUUUUAAAUAAUUAAUGCGUAUGAUUAAGCAGUUGUAGCAAUAAACGUCUAGCAACGCUGCAAGUUUCAGUGAUCUAGUUAAAGUUUUACCGCUCGGUUAACGCACCAUGUGGACUUAAAUGGACUUCUUUGCUUCUUAGACACUGUCAUUGAAACUACUUUUGUGAAUUUUAAAUACAUAACGAGCCCAUAAACUGUCUUAUUUGACCACUAUAAUUAUUAAGCAAACAAGAGUGAAUAUGAAUGUUCAGUGCUUUUUAUAAUAAUAUUGAAGCAGGUUUAUAUUCGCCUGGUCAAGCUCGACAUGUUGUCCACUUUAACGUCAAUAAACCGGCUUCGGUUUCACUCAAUGAUAAGAUGUUGUGGACCGAGACACUUUCACUGCCGUCCUUCACUCUUUGCCUCUGCUCGGACUUAUCUGAUGAGGACAAACUCAUCUUUCUAUCUGAAACCAAGAGGACCUGUCACUGUUUCUUCAUCUCUCUGUCUGAGGUCAAGAUUAAGACUCAACACCUGUAUAACAGCAUUUAGACCUCCAGGUCAUCGAGUGCCGGUGAUCGUUCAGUCAACUCGUGAGUUUCACACCUCAGGCAGACUGAGAGCUUUACCUGCACCCUUGAUAUGGCUGGUACUGAAGCCCCUGCAGAAGGUCAUGGCCAUCAUUCUGGGCAGGAGCAUCAGAAAAUGGUGGAUGGCCCUGCCGCCCAAUAAAAAGCAGCUGUUUCGUGAGUGGACAUGGCGUCGACGCUGGCACUUGUUGGGAGCUGGGUCGGGACUGUUGAUCUUCAUCUCUCUCCUCUUUCUCACCCACCUGGAUGAAUCUCCAAUUACAGGCAGGACCCGACUGCUGUUGUUCAGCAAGGAGGCCUUCAUGGAACUGACUCAGUCCACUGCGGAAGCGUAUAUGGAGGAGUUUAAGGAUUCUCUGAUUGCUCCAUCGGACUACAGGCACCAGGCGGUGGAGCUCGUGGUUCAGACUCUGGCCCAGAGGAACAAGGACAUUGUUGAGAUGUCCUCUGUCCCCUGGACUGUCCAUGUGGUGGAUGGCACUCCCAUUAACGCAUUUGUUUUGCCAAAUGGAGAGAUCUUCGUCUUCACAGGAAUGCUGGAUGCUGUAGCAGACAUUCAUCAGCUGGUCUUUGUACUGGGACAUGAGAUGGCUCACGCUCUGAUAGGUCAUGCAGCAGAGCAGGCCAGUUUGUCUCACGUGGUGGACCUGCUGUCUAUCAUCCUGCUAACAGCGAUCUGGGCCAUCUGUCCUCGGGACAGUUUAGCUCUGCUGGGCCAGUGGAUUCAGAGCAAACUAGUGCAGUUCUUAUUUGAGCGGCCCUACAGUCGUAAGCUGGAGGCAGAGGCGGACCAGGUUGGCCUGCAGCUGGCUGCCAAGCUUCGGAAAACGGUCUUGAGCGCGUUCAUAGCAGUCUGGAGCGUGAGCUUCCUGUCGCAGUAUGACGUAUGCGCGGGAGCAAACUCACAUGCUUGUGCUGAUGUGAGGGCGGGCACAGUUUUUUGGCAGCAGAUGGAGAUCAAUGAUCAGUUGACUGGCCAACCCACCGUCCCCGAAUGGCUGUCCACACACCCUUCUCACCAAAACCGUGUCAGACAGUUGGACCGCCUCGUUCCUGAGGCUCUGGAGCUCCGUGCACGCUGUGACUGUCCCGCCCUUCCUGAAGUUGACCCCCGUGUUGUUUUCUACAAGAGCGUUCAAUUGCUUCUCGACAAAAUUGAAAAACAAGAGAUGAUGGAAAAAAAGGAAAAGAAUGAGAAGGAGAGAGCUGGAGUCAUGUUGCCACGCCCUCAAACCCCUCCGGUCCUGGCUCAGGGGUCUCCGCCUCAGCUGGGGGGAGUGCUGGUCACAUCCGCUCUGCCACAAACUCUGCUUAGUAAAUGAGACUUGAUGAAAUGUGACUGACAGGGACAAAUUCAAGCUUUCCUUUUCACUUCUUUUUUUUGUAGUCCAGUAGCUCUGAACAAGGCCCGAGAGGAUCGUCAGAUAGGACCGGACAGUUUUUAUUUUUGGAUCCAUUACAUUAGUUGUCACUUUAAUACACAUUUGAUACGUCAACUGCUGUGAUAUCAGUCUGUGAGAUGAGUUGGAAUGGGCGUAAGUACAUUAUUUGUGUGUGAUGCUUGAGUUUAGGCUCUUAAUUCAAGUAUCCACAGCAGUGCGUUCAUGUUAAUAAUGGAGCAAUAGUAAAUGGGCUUUUAAUUGGUUUUAAUGAUGUUAUUAGCAUAAGACCCCUGUGAUGUUGAAUGCAUUAUGGUGUACAGUACAUUAUUUAUCAAACAUCUGCCUCUGUUUUAAUGUCUCCUAUAGGUUCUAGGCUGUGAUAUAACUGCUGUAUAGCAGUUAAUGUCACUGAUUUUGAAGCUGCAUGGAACUGUGGACACAAUUCAUUAUUUAGAGGAUUUGUCAAUGGACAGCUGAUGCCAAAUAAAGCAUCAACGCUUGUGUUCUUGGCAAGUGUUGACUUUAUGCACUCUUUAUGAAAUGCACUCUUUAUGAAGGCUAUGAAUGUAAAAAAAUUACACUCAAUAAAAGUGAAUUUCACUUA